CUAAAUUUCUACCUGUAAGAAAAGAAAGCUUGCUUUCUGGUCCAAUAUAUACAACCCAAGUGCCAAAGUAGGCAUUUGAAUAUUCAAAUAACGCGUACCCACAUUGGAAAUCCAUCGUCUCUUCGUUUCCCUUGUUCAAAUUCCUAUUCUUAUUCUCAUCCAUAGCCAUUCACAGCUUCUGCUGCUACACCCAUCUUAGGAAUUUGUUUUGUUGUGUUAUUUAUGCUUUGAGAGUGUUUUCAGAGAUGAGUAAGGCAUCAGUUGCAAGUGUUUCUCGCGCCGGCCCAAGUACCGGCUUCUUUUCCAAGAUUUGUACUUGUGUUCAUUCUUCUUCAUCAGAUACUGGUAAAGGCAGGUGUAACUCUUCUACUGGUAAAGGCAGGUGUAACUCUUCUACUAAUAAAGUGUCAUAUGGAUACCACUUGGUGGAAGGCCAAUCUGGGCAUGAUAUGGAAGACUACCUUGUUGCUGAAUACAAGAAUAAGAAGAAUCACGUACUGGGUUUAUUUGCCAUCUUCGAUGGUCAUCUUGGAGAUCGAGUGCCUACUUAUCUGAAAGAUAAUCUUUUCAACAAUAUACUGGAAGAGCCAAAUUUCUGGAGGGAUCCUAAAACAGCAAUUGAGAAUGCAUACCAUUCCACAGAUAAGUUUAUAUUGGAAAAUUCUAUGCAAUUGGGCACCGGUGGUUCCACUGCAGUGACUGCUAUUGUCAUUGAUGGCAAAGAUUUAUGGGUGGCAAACGUUGGUGAUUCAAGAGCUGUGGUUUGUGAGAGGGGCUCUGCCAAUCAAUUAACGGUUGACCAUGAGCCUCAUGCUGAAAGAAGAAGGAUUGAGAAGAAGGGCGGUUUUGUAACUACUCUUCCUGGUGAUGUGCCCAGGGUAAAUGGUCAACUUGCAGUUGCACGCGCUUUUGGAGAUCAAAGCCUAAAAGCACAUUUAAGUUCAGAGCCUGACGUAAGGCAUGUGCCAAUAAACACAACUAUAGAGUUUGUUAUAAUGGCGAGCGAUGGAUUGUGGAAGGUUAUGAAGAAUCAAGAGGCUGUAGAUAUUGUCAAACCCAUAAAGGAUCCUCAAGCGGCAGCUAAACGUCUAACAACCGAAGCACUGGCAAGAAAGAGUAAGGAUGAUAUAUCAUGCAUUGUAAUCCGAUUUGGAUAAUUGCAGCGAUAUAGUGAGUAAUAGCUCAAGGUCCAGUGGACGGAAAUAGGAGCAUUAAUUGGGUAAGAAAACUUUUUAUGUAUAUAGUAUAGCUCUUUUGAAUGAGAGAAUCAUGGUUCAGCUGUUCAUAUAGCAGUGUGACGCAUUUUUCUUUUUUCCCAACUGAAGAAAUAUGCUCAGAUAUACAUCAGCCUCUUCCUUGCUCAGAUGUACAACUGGUUGUUUCUGGGGCAUGGUGCAAUUGAUGAGGGUACUUACCCAAUUGGCUCUGAUAGAAAAGAAAGAAAAUUUGAUUUUAAUAACGAAUACAAUGUGGACAAAUAAAGUAUAUGAUAUUGAAACCUCCUUGGAAGUUGUUGUGAUUGGUAUGUUUGUCCUUGUUUGUGCCAAAUUAGUGAUGUUUAUUGUGAGACAUUGAAUUAUUUCAAUAGGUAUAUUUGUUUAUAUCUUUAUUUA